ACCAAAACUGACAUGACAACUUCACACACAUUAACAAAUUGACCUGCAACACAAUCUAAGAAUAUUCUUCUUCUUUUUUUCACAUUUAUUUGCUUUUAUUGAAUGUUGAAGUUCCCUCUUAUGGAUGUUUAGUCCAAAAAGAACUCUGUUACAUAGUAUGACAGAGGGAAAAAAUAUGUCAGGCAAGUCGGAUUUCGCGCAGAAGCUGUUGCAUGAUCUUAAGCUUCGUAAGGAACGAGUGGCUGCUGCUCAAAAUUCAGGCUAUUCAUACUCCACACCCAGAGAUGCUCGUGCUAAUCCGGGACAAACUUACAGAGGAUCUCGACAGACAAAAACUCUAGAAUCCGUUAAUUCAAGAGUAGGUAGCACCAGCAACAGAUCAUUUCGCGUUGAAGAAUCUUCAGGACAGAUUGUUACCUAUGGUACGGGGAGAGUCCGAAAUUCUGAGAAGGUGGGAGAUCUUUCCCUGGCCCUCGCUUUUGCUAUUGAAAAUGGAGGAAAGUUUACUAAAAUGGACUCGGGCUCAAGCAGAAAUCCUGUGCUAACUUUUCUCCAUCAAUUCAGCCAGAGAUCAAUGGACAUAAGUAAGACGGACAGGAGAACGUAUCAUCUUCCAAAUAGUCAGUUCCCUUCUGUCUCUCAAGUUCACAUCAAUGAAGUAUCGAAAGGGAUACACAAACUAAACCAGAUUCUAAAAGCAUGUUCCAAUGGCCUGAAUUUCGAUAGGAACUCUAUUGAAGUUGGGCAGGAAUUGCUGAAAGGAGCUAUGGAUUUGGAAGAGUCCCUGAGGAUGCUCGUAAACCUCCAGGAAGCUUCGGAUCAUAUGAUCAAGCCUCAAAGCAAAAACAGGAUCACAUUACUUGACGAGGAUGAGGAUGAGGAUGUCAAGAUAGUUGAUCAGAAGCAACUAGACCUGCCAAGAUUUUCAUUUGAUAAGCCCUCGAAAAACUCAUAUGUCACCAAAGGGACAGCAAAAAAUGACAUCAAACAGCGGCUUAUGGCCCUGACUUACCCUGAUCAAACUCCUAAACUGCACGAAAAGCAACUUCUCAGCACUAACAAGUCGAUGUCCCAUAAAACAUCAGCUAGUUGUGCUCCAGACUUCAAAAAUCUGAACCAGAAGAACCAGUUGAAAGGAACAAAAUCUGGAUCAGAGAAAGGAAGAAUUUCGAAUGUCAUUGCAAAACUAAUGGGACUCGAUGAACUCCCGCAGAAGGAAGAUAACAAGGCAUCAAGGAAAGGAUCAGAUCCCAAAAAGAAGCAAGAGCCAGUACUAAUGAGAAGUGCAGGUCCUAUUGGCACCCGGGACGCUGAGAACAGGUCAUCUCUUAAUGUUGACAAAAACAUGAUAAGUGAUAUACUACCAGUUCAGGAUGCAAAAUUCGUGCGUAAGGCUGAGAUUAUCCGUACAUCUCCAAGCAGGAACAAUGAUAUGGUUUCUUCUGGUAGAGUUCAACAACAGGAGGAGCGGAGUAUAGCGGUUAACAAAGAUACAGGUCUAGUGCCCUCAGGCUCGCCAAUGAUCAACAACAUGAUGGAUAAGCCACAUAGCAAAAACAUCCAAGUAAAUCAAGUUAAUUUCCAACAGAAACAGAAAGAACAAAACCAGACAAGUGUUAAGGGGAAAAUCAUAAAAACAGUCGAAAUCAAGGAGACUAUCUCACAGGCAAAAAAAACACAAACAUCGAGGGUGCCUCCAAUCGAUAUUGUGUUACAAGAAGAUACAAUUCAGAAAGAAAAGAAAGAAACAGACAAAUUUCCUUUGAGCAAUGAACAAAAGGCCUUAGCUAAGGAUGAAGUGCAUCAUGUGCAGAAGCUUAAAAAAUCCGAGGGACGUGAUGAGAAGCAUCAAGCAGGUAAGAAAGAGAAGUUACCCUCAAACAAAACUAUGCAGGCAAGGACACACAAAGCAAAUCAAGUGGAAAUCAUAGCUUCACCAAAAUCAAGGAAUGGUGCAGCAAGUUUGAAGAAGAAGCAGUCUUCUCGGAACCAAUCCAUUCUUGGUACGAAAAAUUCUACCAAGUCUAAAAAUGGAGCACCUGCAAAAGAUUCUUCAAAUGGAAUAAAUCAGGUUCUUGCCAAGCACCGGAACUCUUCUACCUCUGUAGGGAUCAUGCAAAGCAGCGAGAACAAAAAUACCAAUCAAAACGUGUUGUCAAAGGAAGUAUUGUCUCGAUCAGCGAAGCUAAACAACAUCAGUCAAUCAUCUAAGCAAGAGAAGCCACUCAAUCUGCCAUCAACAGAUAGGAUGGAUCAUCAUAACAAAAUUCAUAGAACCGAGACCUCUCCGAAAAUAGAUGAGUCAUCCCCAACUUUGCAAGACACAAAGCUGCAGAAGGAUGACAAAAGCUGCUCUGGUGGAGCAGAGCAGUCAACUGAAAGCCACACAAGAGAAGCAAACGCGGACAACAUAGGAUCUAAUGAGCCAGAUGUGAGCAUGGAGAUACUCGAUUUCCAAACCGAGCUACUUGGUAAAAUAGUAAACAGUACCUCCUGUAACACAACUAUGGAAAAGGAAUGUGACAACCUGACAGAUUCUGGAACUGCGAUUUCAAAUGAAAAUCAUCAAGAAAAAACGCCACAAGAAGUUGAAAUAUCCACGGACCAGAAACUCGGAGGAGAUAGGCCAAAGAUAUCACAAGCUACGGACCAAUUUAAUGGGAUUCAUCAAGAAGCAUCACAGAACAGUAAACUCUUCAAUGAUGAACAAAAUAAAAGUUUUCCAGCCAAAUUUACAGGAAAAGGAGGCAUCAAAAUCUCCAAUGUUGUUAGAAAUGAUCAAGAAACAACUCUCCCAUUAGUGGUACAAGAACCAUUAACAGUUCCUGAAAAACACUUCAAGGAGUCGGUUAUCAAAAAUCAACUAUUUCUAAACACAGCAGAGGCGCUUUUCAAGCUCAAUAUACCAAUCAGCAUUCUCCAUGCCAGUGAUCAAAAUAACCAAGGGGAAGACGUUAAACUUAUGAUAGACUGCGGCUAUGAGAUAAUGAAAAGGAAAGCAAUAAGACAGGAGUUAGCGGUCCAUCCUUAUGCCACAAUAUCCAUCAGAUAUACAAAGACAAGAUCUUUGGACAAUCUUAUCAAGCAACUCUGCAAUGAUUUCGACACAUUAAAGUCCUAUGGAGGCAUUGGAAAUGUGAGUGAUGAACGCGAUGAAGCAGACUACUUGCAUAACAUGAUCGGUAAAGAUAUGUCGAACAGAAAUCCAGAUGUGAACUCCAUGUGGGAUUCUGGAUGGAGUACUGAUCAAAUAAUGUUUGGUUUCCUUGAAAAGGAUGAUGUUGUAAAGGAUGUGGAGAAGCAUUUGCUCAAUGGACUCAUCAACGAGAUCACGAUGGAUUUAUUACGAAUAGCCAUUUCAGUUUGAUUGUUUGAUAGAGUAAGAAAGUCAUUUCAGAAAAAGAUUGUUGUUGGCCUUAUAAUUAUUGUGCAGUCUAAGUAGAGUUGAAAGUUGAUGAAGCAAGUCUUGUAAGUAGUAAAUCAUAAGGCAAAGCUUAUAAGUAACACAUUUUUGGAUUUCAAGUCU